AUUCCCAAGAGAUAACUGUCAUGUUUGGCUAUUUUUGUCAAAAUUUGAAAAGACUUUCCCAAAAUUGAGGAAAAAAUCACUCGUUGAUGAUAAGACUACGGGACGACUCGAUUUCGCACGACUUGACAAACAAUGGUUUUGACAACAAAGACUUGAGGAAACAAUAGAAAUUUUCAAAUAAUUACAAUGGAAUUGAGUACGGUGCGUUUUGUGCCCAAAGAUGGGGGCAAGAGGAGUGCCAGGGACUUGGACGCACUCAGGACCCACAUCCAGAGGAUCGACGGGACGACGGUGAAGAUCCCCCCAGAUCAAUCAUUCGUCGACGUUACGAUCCCCGAAGGGAAUUAUUACUUGAUCCGGGACGCCACCGAAUCUCUCGGUUUUGAGCCCCUCAUCAAUGAGAAAAGCACCGAAAGCGAAUCUGUUUCCCUACUUGCCCCCACUGGUGACUACACUUCCGAUCAACCAACCAUCAUCACCGUUGCUGAAGAUGAUACCAUUAAAAUUACCGUUUUGGGUAUGACGUGUCAAAGCUGUGUCAAAUCCAUUGAAGACAAUCUCAGUCGCAAACACGGCAUUUACAACAUUAAAGUUAGUCUACAGGAAAAGGCGGCUCUUGUUCAUUACGACACUCGUCAACUCAAACCGCAACAAAUAUGCGAUUUUAUCGACGAUAUGGGCUUCGAAGCGGGCAUUCCAGGGGGGCAAAGUCGACAAUGCCGUGUCCAUAUUGACGGCAUGACGUGUAAAUCAUGCGUGGGGAGUAUUGAAGGCAUGAUUUCGGCCAAACCGGGCAUUAAAACAGCAAUUGUUGACUUAGAGACAAAAGAAGGUCGAUUUGAGUACGACCCUGGAUUAGUCAAAGCUGAGGAAAUUGUUGAACAAAUUGAAGAUAUGGGCUUUGAGGCAUUUAUUAAGUCCAUUGAUGGCAAAAGUGUUACUAGUGUCACUUCUAAAACCCAGAAAUACCAACCCCAAUUAAGCGAACAUAAUCUUGAAAAAUGUCAAUUGCAAGUCAAAGGCAUGACAUGUGGGAGUUGUGUUGCAGCGAUUGAAAAACACGUGAAAAAAAUUCCUGGUUGUCACAAAAUUUUAGUUUCAUUGCUCGCCGCUAGAGCUGAAAUCCAUUACGAUCCGUCGCUAGUGUCGCCGUUUGAACUAGCGACCUGUAUUACCGACUUGGGAUUUCCCGCGAAUGUAGUUCAAGAAUCAGGUGCUGGGGCUUCUGAAAUUGAUUUGGAAAUCUCGGGGAUGACUUGUGCGAGUUGUGUGCACAAAAUCGAAACGAAUGUCGUGAAAUUACAAGGAGUUUUGAGUGCAAAUGUCGCUCUCACGACCAAAAGGGGGAAAUUUAAGUAUGAUCCUGAGGCGACAGGGGCUCGGGAUAUCAUCGAAGCAAUCAAUAAAUUAGGUUUCGAAGCGAGGCUAUUUAAUCGUGAUCAUGGUAAUGAUUAUUUGGAACAGAAAGAGGAGAUUCGAAGGUGGAAACAUGCGUUUUUGUUUUCAUUGGCUUUUGGGGGGCCCUCUAUGAUCGCAAUGAUGUAUUUCAUGACUUUGAUGUCAAGUGGACAUAUGUCACACGAGGAUAUGUGUUGUGUGAUUCCCGGACUUUCGCUCGAGAAUUUGAUAAUGUGGAUAUUAUCAACUCCUGUUUUACUACUAGGGGGGCGUCAUUUUUUCGUUCAAGCUUACAAAGCACUAAAACAUCGCACCACAAACAUGGACGUCUUGAUAGCAAUGGCGACGUCAAUUUCAUACACUUAUAGUGUGAUUGUGGUAAUAGCCGCCAUGAUUAUGAGACAGAAGACUUCGCCCCAAACAUUUUUUGAUACGCCCCCAAUGCUACUCGUUUUUAUUAGUUUAGGCCGUUGGUUGGAACAUGUCGCUAAAGGCAAAACAUCCGAAGCUUUAUCGAAAUUACUCUCACUCAAAGCAACAGAUGCGGUUUUGGUGAAAUUGGGGCCCAAUGGGGAGAUCUCAAGCGAAACUUUGGUUCAUGUGGAUUUGGUGCAACGAGGGGAUGUUUUAAAAGUAGUACCGGGAGCGAAAGUACCAGUCGACGGUAAAGUUUUACAGGGUCAAUCAAUGUGCGACGAGAGUCUCAUAACGGGAGAAAGUAUGCCAGUACCGAAAAAAAUUUCAAGUAGUGUGAUUGGUGGAUCGAUCAAUCAGCACGGCCUACUAAUAAUCGAAGCCACACAUACCGGAGAAGCAACAACCUUAUCCCAAAUUGUCAAAUUAGUUGAAGAAGCACAAACGUCAAAAGCACCAAUCCAACAAUUGGCUGAUAAAAUUGCCGGUUAUUUUGUACCAACUGUUGUCUUCCUGUCACUUUUGACACUUAUUAUCUGGUCUAUUAUUGGUUCCAUCAAUAUAGAUGCACUUCCGGUGACUGAAAGUGAGAAACGCGAGUUUAGUAAAACUGGAGUUAUUCUUCAGUUUGUGUUUCGGUGUGCGUUGAGUGUUCUUGCAAUUGCGUGUCCGUGUGCAUUGGGUUUGGCCACACCAACAGCAGUAAUGGUGGGGACUGGUAUCGGUGCCGUGAAUGGUAUUUUAAUCAAAGGGGCGGAGCCGUUAGAAAACGCCCACAAAGUCAAAGCAAUUAUGUUCGAUAAAACCGGUACGAUUACAAAAGGUGUACCUGAAGUAACCCGUCUAUGGCUCAAAGGCAAUUCGUUAAGCCCCGCCUUGAUUUUAGCAGCGAUUGGUUGUGCUGAAACGAAUUCCGAACAUCCAAUCGCCUCUGCAAUUAUUAAAUAUGUAAGAGAGGCGAUCGGGGCGGAGUUAACGGGCACUAGUAGUGGAUUCCAGGCGGUACCAGGGUGUGGCUUAAAAUGUACAGUAUCGUCGUUGGGUCAACUGGUGAAGAAUGCAAAGAAUUACCAAGAAAUGGGGAAUUUUAUGACGUUAGUACAGGCGGGGAGUGCAGGGGUGUUUACAUUGAAUGGUGUCGAAGUCGAGGUUAGUAACAAUCAGAGCAUGAAAUUGGGACAGUUGAUUGGUAUGGAGGCGGGGUCUGGCGACGAGGAGGGGCGAUAUGAAGUUGUGAUUGGUAAUCGGGAGUGGAUGAAUCGGAAUGGGUUAAUCGUGACCGAGGAAAUUGAUAGGAAGAUGGUCGGGGAGGAGGAGCAAGGGAGAUCGGCCGUGUUGUGCGUCAUUGAUGGUGAAAUCAUAGCUAUGGUUAGUGUGGCCGAUAUGGUGAAGCCCGAGGCUCAUUUGGCCGUCUAUACUUUGAAAAAAAUGGGUCUCGAGGUGAUUCUUUUGACAGGUGAUAAUCGUCAAACCGCUGCUAGUAUCGCAAGACAAGUUGGUAUUAACAAAGUCUACGCUGAGGUGCUCCCAUCGCACAAAGUCGCCCGUGUGCAAAGACUCCAAUCUCGCGGUAUUAAGGUGGCCAUGGUGGGCGAUGGGGUUAAUGAUAGCCCCGCAUUGGCGCAAGCCGACGUCGGUAUGGCCAUAGCCGCCGGUACGGAUGUCGCCGUCGAGGCCGCCCAUGUCGUACUUAUGAGGAACGAUCUCUUGGAUGUAGUCGCCUGUCUCGAACUGUCCCGAAAGACUGUCAAUCGAAUUCGAUUGAAUUUUCUCUUCGCAUCCGUUUAUAAUCUUCUAGGGAUUCCCCUAGCUGCUGGUGCUUUUAGUUUUAUUGGAUUUACGUUGGCACCAUGGAUGGCGAGUGCCGCGAUGGCGUUAAGUAGUGUCUCGGUGGUUGGAUCGAGUCUUUUAUUGAAAUUGUGGAAAAAACCGACAAUUAGAGAUUUGCAAACUGAGGAGUAUUUAGCUGAGCGAAAUUCGAGGGAACUCGAUACGAUUUCGAUACAUCGGGGGUUGGAUGAUAUCGAACAGAAUGGAGCGCCACCUAUAUCAAGGUUCCUUGGACGUAAUAAAACUGGACCUCAGUUGUUACUUUCCAGUGAUAUAGACGAUGAAACGUCAGUGACGUUUGACAGAAGAAAAGAGGGCGUACGUGAACCACUUAUGACUUAAUAACUUACUUACAAAUGUGAUAUAAUGCAUCAUUUUAUUGUAAUUAAACCAAAAUGACGUAUAUUUUAGUCGAGCGUUUAAUAUUUUUAUAUUGUAUAAUUUUUACGGUGCUCAACCGACUUGUAAUCUCAAUGUGUAAAUAAAACUUUUACGACACA